AUGCCCUAUACUAAAGCAGAGAAGGCGAAGCUUAUACAAUAUAUAAAGAACCAUGCUGAUAAAAGAUUACAGACUUUGAAUAGUGAAUCAGACAGAAUAGCUGAAGUAUGUGAGAAUAAAGUCCUAAGAAGAUUAAACUCUGUUAGUGUAACGCUAUGGAAUAUAAAGCUAAAAGAUGUGCUAGAGAUAGAAAGACAUCAUAAGCCUACAAUAAAAGGUUUGCUUAAGGAUAUACGACUGUUACAGGAGAAUUCAACCUCUAACUCUAAUAGUAGCACUAAUAUUUCAUAUAACAUCAGAAACCGAACUACAUCGAAUGGGAAGAUCAGCAAACCCUAA